AUGAGGCACAUCGGCGUUUUCGUUCUACUAAUUGUCCAAAUAUGGGCAAAGAAGGAAGAUCCAGAAUGUAAAAUGAAUACACCACAAAUUAUUGAGCAUUGGGGAUAUCCGUCACAGACAGAACAUGUUACAACCGAAGAUGGAUAUAUUCUAGAGCUUCAUCGUAUUCCAUUUGGGAAAAAUAAUAUGAACCCCAAUCGUCCGGUCAUCUUCAUGCAGCAUGGAUUGGAAUGCAGUAGCUCUAACUGGAUUGCCAAUUUGCCAACUGAGAGCGCAGGAUUUUUAUUUGCUGAUGCUGGUUUCGAUGUAUGGCUUGGAAACAUGAGAGGAAAUACUUACAGCACAAACCAUGUAUCAUUAAAGCCUAAACAUGAUGCCUUCUGGAAAUGGACAUGGGAUGAGAUGUCUAAGCAUGACUUGGAUGCUAUGAUCAAUUAUGUAUUGAACGUUACUGGCCAACCAUCUCUAUACUAUAUGGGGCACUCACAAGGUACAUUGACUAUGUUUGCCAAGCUCUCACAAGAGCCAGAAUUUUCUCAAAAGAUCAAAAAAUUCUUCGCUUUGGCUCCAAUCGGCUCUGUUAAGCAUAUCAAAGGAAUGCUCAAAUUUCUCGCUGACAAUUUCAGUAUUGAAGUAGAUGCUUGGUUUGAUGUAUUCGGUGCGGGCGAGUUCUUACCCAAUAACAUAAUCAUGAAAACUGUAGCCACAGCUGUAUGUGGAGGAUUAAAGAUUGAGAAUGAUUUGUGCGAUAACAUGCUUUUCCUUAUCGCCGGUCCUGAAAGCAAUCAAAUGAACACGACUCGGGUGCCUGUUUACUUGACCCACACUCCAGCUGGAACCUCGUCUAUGAACAUUCAGCAUUGGUUGCAAAUGGUCAAGAAAGGAACUGUUGCCAUGUAUGACAGAGGAAAGAAAGAUAACUUGAAAGUCUAUGGACAGGUACUGAAACGACUCCAAAAAUUUGUCAACUUAGUACUUUAUUGCUUGAUCUGUGUUGUCUGA